AUGGCUAAGCCUUCCUUAGGGGACACCAGCUUCGAAUAUGAAUCCCGUCUCCGUUACUUGCUGCAAGGCAGAGGCCCUCAUGGGCACAGUGCAGGAAAGCAGGACCCAGGAGUCUGCAACAACAGAGGCCCUCCGGGAGGUCCACUAGCUGGGACUAGGUUGGGGUUUUCUAUCUUGGACUUGCCUGCCUCCUGCCCGAGCUUCUGGGAGCCCACGAGGGAGCAGCCAGGACGAGGCUCUGUGAGCAGCUCCAGUGGCCUCUCUGUGCUGAUCAGAGUGCGCCUGGAGCUGCGGCGGCACCAGCGAGCCCGCCACACCAUCCCAGGGAUCUUCCAGGCAGUGGCGCGGCAGCAGCCGGACCGGCUGGCCCUGGUGGACGCAGGCAGCGGUGUGUGCUGGACCUUCGCACAGCUGGACGCCUACUCCAACGCUGUGGCCAACGUCUUCCACCAGCUGGGCCUCGGGCCGGGCGAUGUGGUGGCCAUCUUCCUGGAGGGCCGGCCGGAGUUUGUGGGUCUGUGGCUGGGCCUGGCCAAGGCGGGCGUGGAGGCCGCUCUGCUCAACGUCAACCUGCGGCGCGAGCCCCUCGCCUUCUGCCUGGGCACCUCGGGCGCCAAGGCCCUCAUCUUCGGAGGAGAGCUGGCAGCAGUGGUGGCUGAGGUGAGUGGACAGCUGGGGAAGAGCCUGCUCAAGUUCUGCUCUGGAGACUUGGGUCCUGAGGGCAGCUGGCCGGACACCCAGCUCCUGGACCCGCUGCUAAAGGAGGCAUCCACGGCCCCCCUGGCCCAGUCCCCUGGGAAGGGCAUGGAUGAUCGACUCUUCUACAUCUACACGUCGGGGACCACGGGCCUACCCAAGGCCGCCAUUGUCGUGCACAGCAGGUACUACCGCAUCGCAGCCUUCGGCCACCACGCCUACAGCAUGCGCCCGUCAGACGUGCUCUACGACUGCCUGCCCCUGUAUCACUCCGCAGGGAACAUCAUGGGCGUGGGACAGUGUCUCCUCUACGGGAUGACGGUGGUCCUCCGCAAGAAGUUCUCAGCCAGCCGCUUCUGGGACGACUGCGUCAAGCACAACUGCACGGUGGUCCAGUACAUCGGGGAGAUCUGCCGUUACCUGUUGAAGCAGCCGGUGCGUGAAGCAGAGGGGCAGCACCAGGGUGUGCGCCAGAUUGGCGAGUUCUAUGGGGCCACCGAGUGCAACUGCAGCAUCGCCAACAUGGAUGGGAAGGUGGGCUCCUGUGGCUUCAACAGCCGCAUCCUGCCCCAUGUGUACCCCAUCCGGCUGGUGAAGGUCAAUGAGGACACUAUGGAACUACUGCGAGAUGCCCAGGGCCUCUGUAUCCCAUGCCAGGCAGGGGAACCCGGCCUCCUCGUGGGCCAGAUCAACCAGCGGGACCCAUUGCGUCGCUUCGACGGCUACAUCAGCGAGAGUGCCACCAGCAAGAAGAUUGCCCACAGCGUCUUCUGCAAGGGCGACAGUGCCUACCUCUCAGGUGAUGUGCUGGUGAUGGAUGAGCUGGGCUACAUGUACUUCCGGGACCGAAGUGGGGAUACCUUCCGCUGGCGUGGGGAGAAUGUCUCCACCACCGAGGUGGAGGGUGUGCUGAGCCGCCUGCUGGGCCAGACAGAUGUGGCUGUGUAUGGGGUGGCCGUGCCAGGAGUAGAAGGCAAAGCAGGCAUGGCGGCCAUUGCAGACCCCCAUGGCCAGCUGAGCCCCAAUGCACUGUACCAGGAGCUACAGAAGGUGCUAGCACCCUAUGCCCGGCCCAUCUUCCUGCGUCUCCUGCCUCAGAUGGACACCACAGGCACCUUCAAGAUCCAGAAGACACGGCUGCAGCAUGAAGGCUUUGACCCAUCCCAGACCUCAGACCGGCUCUUCUUCCUGGACCUGAAGCAGGGACACUACCUACCCCUGGACCAGGGCGUCUACACCCAGAUCUGCUCGGGCUCCUUCUCCCUUUGAAGCUCCUCCUUUGCUGGCCAGAGACUCCCGGCCAGGCCCCUCAAGCCAGGCAGGCUGGAGCCAGGCAGCUCUGCCCUGUCCUGGGGCCGAGAAACUGGACCCAGGAGGAGCCCGUCUCCCCUGCCUGGUCCUCUGAGCUGUCUCCUUGCCCCUCUCUGCCUGUCUUCUGCUGUGUCUGUGUCUCUUUCUCCUCUCUGCUUCCUGGCCGUGGCCUCCCCGCUGUCCCCAUCUGUCCUCACCUUUCCCCUCUUUCCUCCAUCUCCCCUCUCUCCUCCUCUGUUCUCCUGUGAAGUGCAGAGCAGACAUUUCCUGGGACCCGGCGUUUGCUUGGGGCCUCCACCUAUCCUCCCUGCUGAGCCUUAGACCAGAGUGGGGCCUUCCCACUUCCCCUCAGCUGUGCCUUACGGAGCCCCACCCAGCCCCGUCUUCUGAGGCUGCUGGGUUCCGAAAUGUGUAGUCCCAUGUGAAAUCCAGGCAGGCCCUCUGCCCGCCCUGCCAAAUGGAGGCGCCAGAGUGGUCUGCUUUCCCCACCCGGUGCAGGGGCAUCAGCAGGGACCUCCGGGUCAGCUGGAAAUCGCUCCUAGGCCAAACCCGUUGCCUUUUGCACUUCCCAUCCCUGGUGGGUCUCCCUGCCUGGCCUGCCUUUCCUGAUGUCCUGGACGCUUCCAGAAUUGCUGUGACCAUUUGGAUGUUGCCUCUACCUGGAUGUCCCUGUUCAGGCAUCUGCACAGAGCUCCUGCUGGAGGGACCCUGAAGACUGUGCUGGGUGGCUGCUUGCCCACCACUCAGAUGCUCACCCUGGAAGAGGCUUCUUGGGUGUCCCCAUCCAGCAUAGCUGCUGUGGGACCCAUGGGAGUGGCAGCAAUAGGGGGGUGGGGGUGGGUGGUCUGCCAUUGGUGGCAUCCGAAAUGGCCUCAGGGGUUCCAGUCAUUGAAUGUCCCUACUGGCCUUGCUAGUGACAGCCUGGACCUUGUGUUGGUGGUGACACCCUAGACAAUCCAGCCUGCCUUGGUGGCUCCUCCCAUACUCCUGUUGGGGCUGGUUACUUUGACUGCCUGUCACUCCAACCGUGCUGUCCAGCACCUAGAACAAAGAGCAGGAGGGCCAGUAGCCAGUGACCCUGCAUUGUGUUGCACGGGCCUUUCCAAGCACCGAGGUUUUGUUGUAUAGUUGAGUUUAAGAAAUAAAACUGCAGAAUAUCCGAUGCCU